UCAAUCCUCGAUCGACUCCCAACCCACACUCCUCUCAUCGUCUCUUCCAAAUCAUCCGACCAUGCCGGCCAUGCCUGUGCCUCUCUCCGACGAGCCCCUCCUCGCCCCUAAUCCUGAUCGUUUCUCCAUGUUCCCCAUCACCUAUCCCAAGAUCUGGGAGAUGUACAAGAAGGCGGAGGCCUCCUUUUGGACAGCAGAGGAGGUCGAUCUCUCCCAAGAUCUUGGCCAUUGGAACUCCCUCACUGCCGAUGAGCGCCACUUUAUCACGCAUGUCCUUGCCUUUUUUGCUGCUUCCGAUGGUAUUGUCCUUGAAAACCUCGCUGGUCGCUUCAUGAAAGAGGUUCAGGUCGCCGAGGCCCGUGCUUUCUAUGGCUUCCAGAUCGCUAUCGAGAACAUUCAUUCCGAAAUGUACAGCCUUCUCCUUGAAACCUAUGUCAAGGAUGCUGUUGAGAAAUCUCGCCUCUUUCGCGCCAUCGACACCGUUCCUUGCGUCGCACGCAAGGCCGACUGGGCCCUGCGUUGGAUCGACGGCUCCGAGUCCUUCGCUGAGCGUCUCGUCGCCUUCGCUUGCGUGGAAGGGAUCUUCUUUUCAGGUAGUUUCUGUGCUAUUUUUUGGCUUAAAAAACGAGGUUUGAUGCCAGGGCUGUCCUUCUCGAACGAGCUCAUAUCCCGCGAUGAAGGCCUCCAUUGCGACUUCGCGUGCCUCUUGUACGAGCUUCUCGUCAACAAACUCCCAGAAGAUAGGGUGAAGGGCAUUGUCGCUGAUGCUGUGGAGAUUGAGAGGGAAUUCGUAUGCGACGCGUUGCCGUGCGCACUGGUGGGAAUGAACUGCGAGCUCAUGAGCCAAUACAUUGAAUUCGUCGCUGAUAGGCUUCUUGUAUCUUUGGGCUGUUCGAAGCUCUAUGGUGCGACGAAUCCGUUUGAUUGGAUGGAGCUCAUCUCGUUGCAGGGGAAAACCAAUUUCUUUGAGAAGAAGGUUGGGGAAUACCAGAAGGCUUCGGUGAUGUCUAACUUGAAUGGUUUCUCUGAUGCUCACGUCUUCAGGUUGGAUGAGGAUUUUUAGUUUUUUAGUUUCAUUUUAUGCUUUUUUAACUUUAAUUAUUGUUGAUCUUAAGGUGCGUUUGUUGGUCGUUUUCUGGCAAUUAUAGCUAAUGAAAAUAAAUACAUAAUUUGAUAUAA